CAGGUGGGUCAUCUAAUUGCAUACAUCUGCAUCGGUGGCGUACUUGAGUGGUAGACACGACAGAAAGAGGAGCUAAACCCGGCAUAGAUAUUUUCCUCAAUUUUAACCAUAUUUUAGAUUCUCCUGCCUGGAAAGGUGAGUGAAACCUAUUCGCGUGCUCUGGGAUUUUCGGACUAGGAAGGUAAUAUCGAAGGUAUUGCAUCAUAAGAUGGCUUAUAGUUCCCCUACCUUAGCAGAAUUCCAGGAGCACUUCCGGAGUUCUGCUGAUAGAUCACGUCUGCGUUCAGCUCGCAAUGGAAUCCCAAGUCCAGCUCACAGUGCACAUGGUGUUUUAAUCAGGACAUCGCUCCAGAAACGCACAACGGACAAGAAAGCUAAAAAGGUGCGUUUCUACAGAAACGGGGACAGAUUUUUCAAAGGCAUUGUUUACGCCGUAUCUCCAGAGCGUUUCAGGACAUUUGAAGCUUUAUUAGAGGAUUUAACAAGAACUCUUUCUGACAAGGCACACUUACCGCAAGGAGUAAGGCAUGUCUUUACUAUCGAUGGCACUCGUAAAGUCACAAGCUUGGAUAUGCUUCGACCGGAAGAAAGCUAUGUGUGUUCAUCGCAGGAUAUCUUCAAGCGUAUGGAAUACUCAAGAACCAAUGAUCCUGCAUGGAAGGUAGGAUCAGCCAGGAAGGAGAAAGAUGGGCGGGACAGUAAUACACCUCUCCCACGGACAACAGACGGUUUGAUCGAUGAUGGGAGAGAUUUUAUUAAACCAAGGCUUGUUACGGUUAUCAAGAGUGGAGCAAAACCCCGCAAAGCUGCCAGGAUCUUGCUCAAUAAGAAGACGGCACAUUCCUUUGAGCAGGUCCUAACAGAUAUCACUGAGGCUAUCAAGUUAGAUUCUGGUGCUGUACGCAAGCUUUACACCUUAGAUGGAAGACAGAUCCAUUCCCUCCAAGAUUUCUUCAAGGAUGAUGAUGUAUUCAUCGCCUACGGCCAGGAACGGUUCUGCCAUGAUGAUUUUGAUCUUGCAAUGGAUGACCUGAAGAAUGUAUCCCCUUAUCGUAAAGUAGUUCGUAAGGACCGUGCUAUGCUGAAGAGCCCUUCUCUACAACGCAAGCUAUACUCUCUACCCAAGACUGUCCCUGGUACUGUGAAUGGAUCGCCCAACUCUAGCCCAAGAUCUCCAUUGGGUAAACCGUCAUCACCAGCGCAACCUAGAAGAGGUUCUAUUAAGACACUCAGUGAACAAAGAAAAAACUCUGCUGGAUCAGUAAGAACAAAGAGCAAAGAAAUGAUUCGCACAAAUUCAGGGAAGCUGAAGAAUGGAUCAGUUUCAAGGGAUAUAGAUUUUGGAGAGCGUAAUGGGGCGUCCCCUGUCCCUAGCCCCAGGAGCAAUAUACCGGUAGAUCUAGAAGAGAAAUACAUCAUUGGACGUAUCAUCGGGGAUGGAAACUUUGCUGUAGUCAAAGAAUGCAAGAACAGAUCAACUAAUGAGAAGUUUGCACUCAAGAUCAUUAGCAAGAGGAGAUGUAAAGGAAAGGAAAAGAUGAUAGAGAAUGAGGUUAGCAUCCUACGUCAGGUGAAGCAUCCUAACAUUAUCUUACUGGUUGAAGACUUUGAUUGCCCUACACAUCUAUACCUAGUCAUGGAACUAGUCAAGGGUGGAGAUCUAUUCGAUGCCAUCUCCACAACCACCAAGUACACAGAACGAGACGCUAGCUGCAUGGUGCACAACUUGUUUAGCGCCGUCUAUUAUCUACAUUCCAUGAGCAUAGUUCAUCGUGACAUCAAGGCAGAGAAUCUCUUGGUGUGCGAGCAUGAAGAUGGUACGAAGUCACUCAAACUAGGUGACUUUGGUCUUGCUACAGUGGUGAAGGAGCCUCUCUUCACCGUAUGCGGAACCCCUACAUAUGUGGCCCCUGAGAUUAUCAUGGAAACAGGGUAUGGUAUGAAGGUAGAUAUCUGGGCUGCUGGUGUUAUUACAUACAUCUUACUCUGUGGCUUUCCUCCAUUCAGAAGCCCAGCUAAUAAACAAGAGGAGCUGUUUGAUAAGAUCGUAGCCUGUGAUUUCAGCUUUGAUUCGCCGUACUGGGAUGAAAUCUCUAUUUCGGCCAAAGAUCUCAUCAGCGGGAUGCUAGAGGGCGAUGUUGAGAAACGUUUCUCUGCCGUUGAUGUCAUGGACCAUCCAUGGGUGCAGGAUGAUAAUGCUAUCAACCGUGACGUACCAAUUGAUGUUUCCCAUGAACUGAGUGUGAACUUUGAACUCAAGGCUAAAGAGUCUAGCAGUGCUGCUGGUAUUGCUGUCAUUACUGCUACAGCACUUGAUAAGGACAGUAAGUACUUCCAAGGGCGUCGCCCCAGGGAAGGAGCCGAGGGAGCAGAGGAUAUACCCCUACAAGAUGAACUUGCUUUCUAGACACCCAUCGACCACACCCUUUAUUCCACCAACUCUCAGUGUAAACACUACCAGUGAGUUAUCCUCUCUUCAGGCACUCGACUAUUUGAGGAAGGAUGUAGAGUAUCAACAAGGAAUGUCAAUGAGUGAGGUUAAACUCAUGAGAGUUUUGUAGUAAAAUGUUGAAGGUUUUUAUUGGUGUUUUGGCAGUGUUCACACACAUCAGUUUGAUUCAUUCUUUCAACACCAAUAUCAACACUUGAUUUAUUUUAUGUGAAUUUGCACACUGGUGUUUGGACACUUGUAUUAGACUCUUGUUGGAUACUGGUGUCGAUACAAGUGUUAAACAUUAGUGUCAGACACUCGUGAUAGGCACUUGUAUGCUUUUUAAUCACUGGCAUAGGACACUGGUGCUAAAAACUGGUGUUUUUGCGCAAUAUUUGCACAAUCAGCCCGACACUGAAAUGGACAUGAGCCUGUGAUUAGCAUUGGGUCUACAUGAUGUUGAGCUGUCAAUAACAUGAUAAGUAUCAUUUUAUGAUUUUUCAUUCAUUUGGGGAACAGAAUUUAAAGUCUUAUGUCGAGUGUUGAAGAUUCUGUUUGGGAAGUACCUGCUCCACCAGUCCCAUAUAAGUUCCAUCACAUACAGCUCUCAUCAAUAUCAUAUUAGCUAUGUGAACCCACAUUCUAUGUUUGAGGUAGAUUCAGAGAUCUGAUCCAAAAUUUCAGCAAUGAUAUUUUGGUGUUUUUGUUGGUCAAUUGGAUGAGAAUAUUGAGUAAAGGAUGAAGAUGAGAAAUUAUAUCCACAAGUAAUAUUAAAGUUAUAAUAAGGCAUUGUGAGAAUCUUACAAUCAAUAUCAUGUCUCUUUUAGGUCCAAAAAUCAAUUGCUUAUAUUCCAAAAUAUGCAACCUUGCAGUUGAUUGUUAGUGUGCUUCUCGCAACAAAAGCUAUAGGUUUAUUUUUUAUCACCAAAAUUGACCCAUCAAUGGUUAUAUUGCAUUUUAUAUAUGCAAUUGAAUGGAAUGAGUUUCUUGCAGUAUCCCAUCGUCUUUUGGUGCUUUAUGAGUGACAGCAUGUUAAGGGUUUGUACUACACAUCAUGUUUGUGUAACAUAAAUUAUUUAAGUAAUUGAAUUUCAUAAAUGUUGCAGAAGUUGAAAUAAUAAGUACUAUUAAUUAGACAUUUGAUAAAUCUAUGAGCACAUUCUUUCACAAAGUACUUUGAAAUAUAUUUUUAAAUUAUUAAAAAUGUUCUAAUAAUUAAAAAUUUACAAAGCAUUCCAAUAAAAAUGUUUGCAUAUUUUUAAUGCCAGAGGGUACUAUUUAAAACACCUAUCAGUACUUGCUAUUUUUUUUAAAGAUAUUUUCCUUGUUCUUUAAAUUUCACCUUUAUAUAAUCAUGACAUUAUGUUUGCUUACAAUUCAAAACUGAGCUUUCAAUCCAUAAUAGCAAGAUCAAUGAAGAAUCUCAUUUUAUUUUAUAACAUUUAAGCUCUGAUUGAAUAUAAUUAUAUCACCUCAAUCAGCACAUACAUUUACCUCAAAAGAUAUUUUGCCACAAUGACAAUCCACAUGACUUAGUUUUAAUGUUAAAUAAUGAAUAUUGCUGUCGGAAUUUUUUCUUUUCUUUAAUUCUCACAGGACACCAGAUUCAUAAAGAUUUUGGUUUUCAAUGCCCUUGUAUUCAUGCAAUGUUUACAUUCAAUUAGUUGAAUCUGGGAUAUAUGACAUGCAGAUAUGUUAACUCUAGAUUCAUCUCUUGUUCAAUCUUUUGCCAAUUUUUUUUUUAAAAGAAAUAUAUUGAUAAUCAUGUUCUCUGACAAUGAGUUUCUGAAAAGGCAAUCAUAGUAAUUAAUGACACCAUUAGAUAGCAUUGAUAUUGAUGUAUCAAAUAUAUUAAUAAAAAGAGACAUUUUUUUUGGGGGGGGUUGUUUUAUUUUGUUUAGGGUGUCUUGAUCAAAAAGUCUUGCUGGCAAAUUCUUGACAAAUCAGGAAAGCAUCCGUCAAUCCACCUUAUAUUCUCUAAGCACAUAUUAUGACAUUACUUUAUAUUGUACUAUAAAGUUAUAGGCAAAUAGAUGUACCAGGGAAGUGAUACCUAUUUGCUUUGAGUUGGUGUACAAAAAUACACAUUGACUUGUUGUUAACUAGAAGAUGAACAGUGUUCUAGCAGGAAAACGAAAACUGGAUCUUAUCAAAUAUAUAUUCAAGGAGUGUUAACAUGUUCCAUUAUUGUUGCCUCCAUCAUCACACAUCUGUUGUAAUUAAUGAUCAUAAUCACAAUCAAAAGUGGAACUCGUCACGAUUAUCAUCAUCAGCUACAUCGUCGUCAUCUUCAUACUAUUAUUAUAGAAAUUACCAUCAUUAUCAUUAGCAUGAUUAAUAUGUAAUCAUUUCUGUAGCCAGUGUUUCUAUCAUAAUUCUUACAUACUUUCAACGUCAAUCAUAUUCAUCCAUUCAUCAUCAUCAUCCCAUCUUUCCUCUUAUUCUCAUCUUCUUUCCAUUCCCUUGAGGCCAGGCCAGAGAUUCUCUGUUGGCCUCAAACUAUUGUGGAUUUCUGGGCAUUCAGAAUUAUCAGAGACAAAACAUAUUGCCAUUCUAGGUGUGUCAUGUUAGUACAGAAAAGUAUAUGUAUGUGCAUUAUCAAAUUUACAAACCUUAAAUUGGUUUACAUCUUAUGGCAAGGUUGCAUGGUUAUUGCUUAAAUCCUCAAUUGUAGAAUACUCUGUUGGAUGCCUUUUAAAUCCUAACUAGGCCAAUGUCCCCCAACAAGCUUAAUGUUUUUAAAGUGCUUUUCUUUCAAACUGUAUAUUAAUGGUAUCAUUUAUUAUAAAAACAUCUUCUAAUGAAGAAAAUCAUACGAAGAUUUGAAGUUAUACCAAAAAGUGAAAUGCUUUUGAUUAUCUGCCUGUUUUUUUUGCUUGUUUUUGUUAGUUUUGAAAUUAGCGGAAUUUGGUGGCAGAAGAAAGUAAGGAAUUUUUGGGAAAGCCUACAAGGCAUAGGCCUAUGAGACAGCUUUCCCCGUUAUAUCAUAUUGGUUAUUUGGAAAGGCGUUUUUAAAAGGAUUCUGUUACACAAUCAUGCAAAAUUUGAAAAUAACGGGAUGAAAAAAGCUCAUUAAAUUCAUUGACCUUUAUAUAAUUGUUUAUGACAUGUUUUGUACUAAAGCACUUGAAUCCGCCAAUGCUCUUUUUGAUGAGACACCCAGUAGUAACCCACCCUAAUAAUAGUACUCAAUAUGGAAUUCAGUUAUCACAAAGAGCUUUAAGUACUAUUCAGUUCUGUUUUGUGAUUUGUUUUAUCUAGUUUACCAUCAAACAUGUUGAAGACUGAAGCAGAUGUUAUACUUCCAUUCAAACCAAAUAAUGAUUUUGAGUCUGCUUUAGCAUGCAAUGUGCAACUUCUAAGCUUGGCUCCACUGAAGUCACUCUGUCUAUAGAUCAUGAUAAACAAAGUCUUGAAUGUAGAUGCAAACUUUCUUACCUUGAAAUUAUUUAUAUAUCUUGAAUUAUCCAUCACCUAGUAUUGCUGCUACUCUGAGAUGUGCUAUAUCCUUGAGAACAUUUACUAAUCAUGUUUGUACUAAGUGUUUCUAAAAUACUUGAAGCAUUGUUGUAUGGCCGUAACACAUGGUACUUUUUCUAUUAUUUAUUCAUUGUUUUUCCCUGUUCUUUUUUAAUAUCUUUUUUAUGAAACACAAGCAAUCAAUUAUAUGUCUUUUUUAAAGUCAGAAGUUUAUUGUUGUUUCUUGCUCAUAUGGAAUCUCAUAAAUUUGACUGUAUAUAUUCUCUAUUGACAAUCAUCUUUUUUUCAUACAACUAAUCAUUCUGCAAGACUUUAUUUGCAGUUGGCUUCUUGCAAUUAGCAAGUGUAUAUUUACAAUGUAGCUACAACUUUCUUCAAUUCUAACUACUGCAAACUUUCAUCAUUUUAUCUCAAUUUCUCAAGUGAGCUGUUGGAUAUUCAUUGAUGAAUUCAUGUAUUGAAGCUAAUAUCUGUUAAAUCUAUAUACAGUUGAGUGACACUUUCUCUUUAUUUUGCCCUAUGCAAGUCAUACAUACUUAUUUAUUUUCUUGCCGGUUUCAUCAUUGUAGAUAAUUGUUUCAUGAUAGUGUACAUAGAUAGAAAUAUCACAUGCAUAGGCAUAUGCGUGUGAGUAAAUGUGUGUGUGUAACAGAAAUGCAAAUUCCAUCUAUGGAAUUGAAAUUUCAUAGAAUAAAAAUCAGUGAAUUGUAUUCAUGUAUUGCCAUAGAAUAGAUUUUCUUUGAAUUCUCCACAGAAUUCAAACUUUAUCAUGUAUUGUGUUGAAUACAGUCUUAGCACAUAUGACUUUGUGUCAAUAUAAUGCUAGAAGUAUUUGUGUUCAUGUGCAGGAGAGUGAGGUUCAGUUCAUCCUUGUUAAAGUUGCCCAAUACUUGUAGGUACUUACAGACCUAUCUUCUGUACAUACAAUAAUCUAUGACCAUUCUUGACAAAGCAAGAUGUCAACUAUUUAUGCUGUAGGUUAAUUCUGCUAUUUUACAAUACUGUAUAUAUGAUUUAAGAAAACCAUAAAUUUACUGUUCAUCUCUCUUUCAGACAAGAUAAAAUGAUUUAAUUUCUACUGAGAUAUGUCUCUUACCUACAAAAUACUGUAAGACAUGGUGGUUACACAUAGAUAUAGGUCAGUUUUAGUCUAAGAAAUACAAUGACUACUAUGUUCAUUGCAAUGAACAUCUUAUAGUGUAAAUCAGACUGCAUGUCUGUACACAUGCAUGUCUGUACACAACUUACGCUGAGAAAAUUUCUGUUCUGACCAAAAAUACUGAUCAAAUUUGGUAAGCAGAAUUAUUCCCUGACACCUCAUUUUAAGUUAAUUAUCUAUGUGUCUGCUGUUUGAACUUUUGAAUCAUGAAUGAUAACUAAAAUGGUAUCAUCAAACCAACACUUUGAUUCAAUUGCAAUUACCAAUGUAAAUUAAAACAUCGUUGUAAUUUUCUUAAUCAUCUUGAUGAUUUAAUAUUCAUGUAUUUAUGAUGUAACAUUUGAUGUAAUUAUUGAUGUUGUUCUUGUUGCAAAGCCAACCUUGUAGAUACAUGCUUAGUCACUGAGACUUGCAUUUCUCUGAACAAAACUUGUAUUUAAAAUAAAAUCGUUGUUUAUGGAUGAAUGUAAUUUGUGGCUAAAGUGAAUCUUGUACAUACAUCGAAAAAUACUGAAAGCAAUGAAUGUUAAUAGACAGAGAUUUGAUAAAGGUAACAUAUAAUUUCUUGUGUUCUAACAAAGAGGUGCAGCUUGAAUAUUGAGUACUUAUUUAAUGAAUACUAUUGUAAAGAUCAUCCUUCAAUUUGAAAAUAUUUUUCAACCAUCACCCAGAAUUGGAUUGCAAUGUGUUAUUGAACAAUUCUCAUUAGAGAGUAUUUGUCAAUUAUUGUAAUAAAAAAUCAACUUGCAUUUUAGUUUACAGAUUAGUGAAAAUUUGUCAUAUGAUAUCAUACAUUAAUAAUGAUAAUAUGUACUUAUAUUGAGCGGAAUGCUCCAUGUACAGUCUAGUGUGUAACAAUGUGAUCUUUGAAAUUUUGUACAGAUUAUGUAAAAAGAUAAUCAUGUGUCUUUGAUGUCUACAAAAUCUAAGAAAUCCAUUCAAAAUUUUAAUUUUCCUUCCAUUUAGUGUAUUGCUUUGUAUAUACUGCAGCAAAUUAUUUCAAAGAUCUUGCUGGAAAACAAAAGCCAGGGUUAAAUAUUACAGUGCAAUCUUAUUUAUAUGGUUUGAGUUUAAAAUGCAUUGUAAAUGUAAUAUAUUUUCUGAAAAAGUUGCAUCAAUAUUAAUAACACAAUGUUUUGUUUACCUUCUUAAAUGGUGUAUUGUGAGGCAAAUUUAACUUUAACGCACUAAAUAAUGGAAUGAAGAAAGCUCUAAUUUCACUGCCAUAAAUGUAAGUAAUUUGAUGUUAUAUCAAAACAAAAUGUCACAAUGCUAGUAAUUAUAUUUAAGGGAGGGAAUGUGUACUUGUAUGAUAUUGAAGUUUUGACAAUUUUGAGCAUAAGAACCAAAUAAUACUAACCUCUAAUUAACUAAUCAUGUUCAGUUGUUGAUUUUAAUGAAUUAUUUUGUAAAUUUCAAAGUUUGUUGAGCUUGAUUUCCUUGUAAUGUUGUCUUCCUUCCUAUAGAUUUGUAUUUUUUGUUUUUUUAUCUUUGAAUGGUUGUUUUGAUGCUCCUGCUUUUGGUUUUCAUCUUAUUACAAGCAUAGUCAGGUUUUAUGCGUGCUUUGUGGGGAAAAAUGUUGCUUGCAACCCUAAAGCUUGCCAGAGGGUUGCCAAAACAUAUCAACAAUGUAGAGGCUUGUAUGUAGAUUGGAUACCAAUAAUUUUAUUUAAUUUUAACAGGUUAAUGGAUACUUGUAUAAGCUUAGCAGCAAAUUAUGUGAGAACUCUCUAGGGUCUUACUUGAUGUAGCCUGAAGUAAUGUAUAUGGACAGGAUAAAAGUAUUAUUUUCAAUUGAUCGUAAGUGACAUGAAUACCAUUGUCAAUAGUUCCUCACAUGAAAUAUUCAUAUGAUGAAUAUGAAUAGCCAAUAGUUCCUGGAUGUAUUCUUUGUAAUUGAUAAUGAAACAGAAUGUUGCAACUAUCAUUCUUAUGCAAUUUCCCAAGGUCAGUAGACCUGCAUGUUAUCUGUGUAAUAAGCGAACAUGAAAAUCAUGUACUGUCAUCUCAGCAUGGUUUAUAUGUAAUGUACAUAUUAGGGUAUUGUACUCUUUAAUUAAGUUCAUUUCUCAAAAAUGAGAUUUUGAUCAUAAAUGUAAAUUUGUCAGCAUAUGAAUUAUGAGCAUUUAAUGAUUAACAAGAAUUAUUGGAAGCACUGUUGUCAUACAAUUUUAUUCAAAAUGCAGCGAUUAACAUUAUUUUGAUACAUAUCAUUUUUUAUGUAUUCCUACACUGCACUGAGUGAUAGUGAAGCAUCAAGUCAGGUUGACUAUUUCUAUAUCACUAUCAUGAUUUAAUUGUGUUGUGUAUUCUGUUUGAAUUCUGCAUUGGUGACACACAGAUAUGCAUUUUAAUUUUAUUUUGCUAUCUUUCAAAUUUAGCCCCCUCAAUGUCUGAAACAAAAAAAAUUGUGGGGAAUUUUUGUUUAUUAUUUCAGUACUUAUUUAUGUGAGUUUUUGUGUAAAAGAUCAAUUAGUACAUGUGUCUUUAAGAAUUUUUCUUUUUCAUCUUGUUAUCAAGUAUUUUUCAUACAUCAUUUGUUAAUUUCAACAAAAUGAAUUAAUUUCAAAUCUUGCUGCUAUAAAUAUCACAUCGCUGAUGAUAAUUUUGAUCCUUCAUAACUUUCAUGCCCAAAAUUCUUGAGAAUGAUAAUUUUCCAUGUAUUCACUAAGU